ACCAGGCAACCUUUCUAGUAAAUUUGUUUUCCCAACAAUAAGGCUUAAAUGUCACCUUCCCCACACUGCCAGGAAUAAUAUUUUCACAAUUCUUCAAAUGAAUCCAUUUAAGUUUAACCUCCAUGGGUAAGUCUUUAAAUUUAGGUUGUAAACCCCUCAGAUUUCUAAAACGCAGACAUCAGUUUUCUCAAUUGUUGCUACGGCCCCGCAGAAUUUUCCCAAAUGUGUCCCCGUGUGAAAUACUUGCACUUGUUAGUAUGAACGUGUACAAGAGGGAGAAUGAGUAAACAUUUUUAUCUCUAAGGUGGGGUGGUAGACUGGGCGGGACGGCACAAGGUGACACAACUCUGCUCUGUAAAAGCUUUCAGUGAGACACCUGCAGUUACACUGAAACACAGGACAGGUUUCACUGUCAGUAUAAACACAUAUACACAGCUGUUAACAUCAGGUAUAAAGGAUUGGAAGCCUGGCUGUCAACUCAUAGAAAACUGACACAGGUGACAAAGGAUGACAAACAUGUCAAGAUAUCUUGUCAACCACCUGCUGACGUUCUCACUCCAGGACGGGGAUGUGCAGAGUGUGGAGGAGGCCCGGUCACGUCUCUCCUUCCUGGCUCAGAGCAAAAAGCUGUGGAGUCAACAGAUGUACCUGGAUGUUGGAGCAGAGGCCAUUCAUCUCCGAGACAUGCAGAGCCAGGAUGAGCUGGAGUACUACUCCUUCAGAUCCAUUCACCGAUGUGAUGCCAUUAACACAGAAAAAUACUUCUCAUCCCUCCUUAUGUUAAUCUGCCAAGAUGAAGAUCAGAAGAAGCCGGACAUUCUGUUCUUCAACUGUGAGACUGUGAAGGCAGAAGAAAUCUGUGACAACAUCACACGCAUGGUUUCGAGUUCCUCCACCAGCAGGAGUAUGAAGCUCCCUCAUGCCCUCAGGCUUCCUCAGAGCAGGGGAGAGAUGAUCGACCCCUACGAAAUCCCAAGUCGCCCCAUUCCACAUGCUCCAAAUCCCCCACCAGCCAACCCUCCACCUUACCCUGGACCCAGAGCAGCAAAUGCAGUGAAUGGCGGGCCUGAUAUCUCUUUCCUACGAGCAGAGAGAGAAGUGGGGAUCCUCAAUCACUGUUUUGACGACAUCGAGAACUUCAUGGCCAGGCUGCAGCAGACGGCAGAGGCUGCGACGGUGCUGAGCCAGAGGAAGAAGAAAAAGAAGAGAAGUAAAAAGCAAAGUGCUGAAGAAGAUCUACUCACUGCAAAGGCUCGUCCCCCACCGGAGGAGGAAUUCAUCGAUAUCUUCCAGAAAUUCAAAUAUUGCUUCAGCCUACUGGCCCGUCUGAAAUCAACCAUCGCCAAUCCCACAUCGGAGGAGCUGGUUCACCAUGUAUUCAAACCUUUGGAUAUGAUGGUGAAAACGACAGGAGGACCAGCUCUAGGAGCCUCAGUGUCCAGCCCCGCCCUGACCAGCUCCGCUGUUUCCCUGCUAAUAGACAACCUGAACGAGGAGGAGAGGCAGCUGUGGACAUCUCUGGGUCCUAACUGGACACUCCCUCGCUCUCAGCUCAGAGGGCCUGUAGCUCCGUACACCCCUGUGUUCUUAGAUGGUUGGAAGCCGGAAACCUUGAGGGCAGACGGGCAGGUUUGGGAGGAUCCGGUCGAGUCACAGCACAAACAUGAAGCCCUCCGAGUAAAACAAGAGCAGCAACAGCCUCCUCAGCCGGUCGGCCCUACCGACACCAGUGUCAGCGAUGAAACAGAUGGCAGCACACUCCCACCAGAGCUGGAAAGACUCUACAGCUGCAGUUACGACUUCAUAGCCAGGAACAGCAGUGAGCUUUCAGUGCAGCAGGGAGAGACACUUGAGGUGAUUGAAUCCUCCAAGCGUUGGUGGAAGUGUCGUAAUCGGUUCAACCAGAUCGGCUUUGUCCCCUUCAACAUCCUGGAACCUGUAGCUCACAUAGACAGCCCCGUCACCAACAGACCCCCCAGUGCUCCUGCCCAGCUUCCCCUUGCCAAGACUUUCUCUGCAGUCCCACCCAGCCCUCCUGCUCUGCCCCAGGCGCCCACCCACUCCCCCCAGCACCCACGCAGCUUAACAGCAUACAGCCAACAUAUACCAGCUGCAGAGGACACAGAUAAAGUCAUGCUGGUGAAUGACGAGCUGCUCCAAAGGCUGACCAAUGGAAAGGCCAGUCUACACAAACCUCUGGUCAUCCCUCGCUCCUCAGAGACCUCUGUUCCCCUGGACUACCACUCUCCUGCAGAGGAAGUGGCUGAGUGGCUCAGAGGGAAAGGCUUUAGUGAACCGACGGUGGCAUGUUUGGGAGUGCUGACAGGUGCCCAGCUCUUCUCCCUCAACAAGGAGGAGCUACGAGCUGUGAUUCCAGAUGAGGGCGCCAGAGUCUACAGUCAGCUCACUGUGCAGAAAGCACUGCUGGAGGAUGCCAGAAGGUCCACAGAGUUGGAAGCGGUCAUGGAGAAACAGAAAAUGAAGGUCGAUCUGAAACUGGAGAGCAGCACGUUGUGAGCAGCAGGAGUCUACAUCAUGACGAGUUGCAGAUGAAGGCUUGUGUUGAUCUGGCAAAGCUCUCACCAAAGAGGGAACUCCUGAAUUUUUAACUGUAUUUACCAGAGAACAAACAUGAGACAGUCACUUUGAUCAUCAAAGAUUUUGUCUAUGAAGAGCAUCAUGCUUAUUCUGCCAUCAUUACUUCAUCAAGUGUUUAAUGCAAGUGUUGCGCAAACUAAAUGUAUGAACAUUGAAGUACACUAUUUGUAAAUUAUGUUGUUUUAAUGUGAAUACCUUUCUUCUCUGUCUCAUUUCUGCCUAGUAGUUAAGGACUAACUUAUAUAAAUUGUAUUUAUCUUUAUAAAAUACUUGUCUAAUAGUUCACCAAUGAUUAACAUGCCUUGACA